AUGUUCUUCUCCAAGGCUCUUCUAGCUGUUCUUCUCGCCGUUGGCGCUGCAAACGCUGCUGUAAUCCGCAAUGAUGUCUUGAUCAGCGACUUUGAAAAACGAUCAUGCCAGCCUUGCGGUUUCACUUCUUGUCUAGGCGAGUGUCAGGACUACGGUGCUAAUGGGAUGGGUUGCGCCGCUGGUGAAGGCUGUUAA